UGGAAAUCGACAGUCCGGCGAACGGCGGCAAGAAAAGAUUUUUAUAUUUAGAAUGCAGCGUUUAAGUCAGUCUUAAUCGCGAUCGCAGACCGUCAGGACAGCGAUACCCAAUUGGCAGAGGCGGCCACAGCCGGUGUUUUGACGUUUUCGACGUUGGUUCGUGUAAAUUAUUACAUAUCGGCGGCUCGGUAGGCGAAAAAAGCGCGAUUUGCACACACCACCAUGGCCGAAACCAUCGAGGAAAGCUACGAGACGGAGGUGCGACGGAAAGUCGUCAGGACGAAAUUCAAUAUCGAAGAAACGUCCACAAAGACGACCACAACCACAAUGACAACUCCUGCAAAGUUAUACGGAAAAGAUUUGAGUGUGUACGAUGAUGUAGAUGUAGACGAAUUAUUGGAUAAGUUAACGGCCGAAGAAAUUAGUGUUUUAGCUAAAGAAGUAGAUCCUGAUGAUAGUUUUUUACCUCCUUCACAAAGAAACAGUUAUGAAUGUGAGAAGGAUCCUACGGGCCCACUGAAUAGAAGAAAAUUAAUCGAUUACAUUAAUAAAGAAGCUUUAGAAACACCCGAUAGGCCAGAAUUAGAACCCUAUGUAGCUGGUAUGGUUCGAGGGAAAAAAUGGAUUCCACCGCCUCCUCCGAUUCAAGAACAAGAAGCCGAUGAACAGAUUGCCGUAGAUUUAGGAGACGAAUAUGAGCAUGCAUUGACGAACGCCUCGCAGGAAGAAAUUAUAGAUUUAGCCGCUAUUCUCGGUUUCCAUUCGAUGAUGAACCAGGACCAGUAUCAUGCGUCACUGUUAAAUAAAGGCCAGCCGGUCGGUUUAGGUUGGGACGGCAUCACGAAAGCUUCCAAACCCAAACUGUUCCCCGUGGAUCCCCCGAAUAUGACCGACACCGACGAGACUAUCAAGAAAGUCCAAGACGACGAUAGCAAAUACAUCGAUUUGAAUUGGAAUAACAUUAAAAACAUUUCCGAUGAAAAGAUGUUCCAUUUGUUCGAAGCUCUGUGCAACAACACUCACCUGGAGACGUUGUCGCUGGUUAAUUGCGGACUAGCCGAUAGGCACGUCGAAAAAUUGGCGAGGGCGAUAGAGGAGAACGGCACCCUGAGAGUGAUCAACGUCGAAACGAAUUUCAUUUCUCCGCAGGGCGUCGUCCGAUUGAUCAAAGCCCUGCUCAAGAAGAAGACUGUCGAGGAAUUCAGGGCCACUAACCAGAGGUCGCAAGUAUUGGGAAAUAAAAUAGAAAUGGAAAUUACACAUUUGAUUGAGAAAAAUCCGACAAUACUUAGGCUGGGUUUGCAUUUAGAGUACAAUGAUGCCCGGCAUCGUAUUGCGACACAUUUACAAAGAAAUAUUGAUACAAAACGUCGAACUAUUCGUGCUAACUAUCAAAUAAUGUUGGGAAAAAGGGGAAAUGCUAUGAAAAUCGUUCGUACUGAUUAAAAUGUGUAGGUAAAGUACGGUAUUUGCUCGAGAAAAUUUGGCUCUAAAAUUGAAUAGUGGCUUAAUAAAAAACACUUCUCUUUUCGACCUAUUUCUUUUUAAAUCGAUAAUUACAAAAUUAUUAUACGGGGGGUUCCAUAAUGACAUGCUAAUAUUUAAGGGGAUGAUUCUUGGACCUAUUUUAAGAAAGAAACUUCAUAUGAACAUAUGUCCUAAAUCAAACAUUUAUUAUUUUUUAAUUUUAGCACAGAGGCUAAUGUAGCGGCAGCGGACAAAUUAAUGCAUUUAUUUUUUUAAUGCGAAACGAUG